UCUAUGCAAUUAAUUUCUAGAUGAACUUAAUGGGAAGAAUUUAAUGAUUUUAAUUAGGAACAAUUUUGGUAACUGAAAGGAUUUGAAGUUCGAAAGCAUCAAAAUCGGAGCCCUAAAACGAGAGUGCAACAGCACGUUCCGACCCGAAUCGAAACAAAACCUGAUACCAUGUAAUAAUAGCGAAACCGAUCGAGAUCCAGAGGAGAGAAUCGGAACCUGGCGCGCGAUGGCGGUGAUGACGAGGAAACGACGGCGCAUGAUGGCGGAGGCGGCGGCGGCGGUGACGGCGCUCCUGCCGGAGGACCUGAUGAUCGAAAUCCUGGCUAGGGUUAGGGUUAGCAACCCGCUGCAAUUGAGGUGCGUGUGCAAGCGGUGGAAAUCCCUAGUGGUGGAUCCCCAAUUCGUGAAGAAGCACCUCCACAAAUCGUUCUCGGACAUAACGGAUCUCGCUUCCAAGGCCAUGGAUGACAUGAACGCCUUUCAAUUGCAGCUUAAUUACGCCCCCGCCUUGGCGGAACUCCAAGAAGAGGAGGAAGAAGAAGAAGAAGAAGAUGAAGAAGAAGAAGAAGAGGAAGAAGAAGAAGAAGAAGAAGAGGCAGGUUCAUUGGUGAACGAGUUGGCUCAGUUGGAUACGAUGUUGGUGAUGGUUCGGUCGCUGAAAGGGUGCUUGGAAACGAUUAAGGUGGACGUGCAAGCCAUCAGGGAGAGAGUCAAGUGUCUCCAGAGUUUUCUUCAAAUUUACCUCAAGACACUUUCUUCCUCUUCUAACUGAUUCGCUUUUUCCUUCUUUUUCCUUUUCUUUAAUUUUGCAACUGUUGAUUUAUAAAUAAUCUCACAUGGUUGCUUCUUUUUUUUUUUUUUUUUGAAAAAAAAAUAUUUCAAGUCACGAUGAAGUUGUGUUGGAGUAAGAUAUUGGGGGGUUUUCAUGCCAUUGUUCGUGUUCAGAGUUGGAAUCAGUUUUUUUUUUUUUUUUUUAAUUUAGUUGAAUGCAAACAACGUAACAAGUUUGCGUCGUAACCCGAUAGCUUUGUCUUCUUCUAGGUGGAACGAACAACUCUGACGCAGCCAUUUUUAUUAUUUCUUGCUCUAGGUUUAUGUGAAAUUGUAAACUAUUAUGUUUCUGUCCCAAUUCUGAAGGUAGUGAGCUCUAUAUAUGCUAGAUAUAUAUAUUUUUACAAAUGUUAUUUAAUGAUUUGAAUGGCUGGUGUGAUAAAUCAUGCCCAAGAGUUUCUC